GUCGCAACGCACGUAGUCAGUGGCUGACGACUUCUCGGGGCGUCAGGUUCUAUGUAUCGAGGGAGGUCCGUUGUCGCUUCGCGUCUCCUGGUCUUGCCACGUGCGUAGCGCGAGACAAGCCCCAACAUACGCGAGAGCAUUGCCGACGAGACGCGUCGCGAGAUGUAACUCUGUAGCCCGAUAAUUUGGAUCUCUCACGAGAGAUCGACCUCUUGGCAAAUGCAAUCACGUGGAACAGAUAGUUAAUGAAAUUUACGGAAGCGAAGAGCGAGAAUAAUUCGAUGAGAAUUCGUGUCGGUGUAUCAGUUUUUUUCAGCGAUCGUAGUGAGUACUCUUGUCGUGGACGAUGAUAUAUCCUUUUCGGAUAACACAUUAAUUCGGUGAACGAAUGAAUUGUUACGACAAAACUUAACCGAAGGUUAUUGGCAUCGCGCGCGAAAUGGACCUCCGAUAAAAUCUGACAGUUCUCGAAUCUAAAACGUGAUGUAAUCGUCGAUAAAACUUUGACAAGGUGUGUUAUUUUUUUGUAAACACUCGAGAACGAAGAGCAAAGUAUUCGACGCGACAGGAGAUAUGCGAACGUUACGAUGUUAAAAUGUUUAAAUUUAUCGCAAUAACUUGAAGUACUUAUCGGGACUUUCGUUAGCAACUCUUAUCGAUACUACGAGAAUAAUCUGACCGUGCAACGUAAAUAUUAUGAAUGCACGGAUCUCUCGAUCGAGCGAAUCGAUUUCGGAUUAUCAUGCCGGCACGUCGUGGCCAAUGCAGCGUCGUUGUAAUCGCAUGACAACCUUGAAUGACACGCGCGGGAAAACUACGGAACGGAACCUCCGCUCGACGCUAAAGCCAUCGCUCCACCCAAGUAUAACAAAAGUGAAAUUUUAAGGCAACGAGAAUAAUGCAACGCGAAUGCAUCAAUCGCGAGAUAAUAUCGAAAACGAAGAUAGAAGAAUCUAAUUUAAGAGAUGACAAGGAAAAUAUGUGUUUCUUGAAAUACCGAAAAGAGUCGAAAAACGUAGUGAACGAAUAACGAGAAACGAAGAAACGAGAAGAUUGACGGAAAAAGAGAGAGGGAGAGAGACGGGAAGAAACGUGCGGUGGAAGAAAACGGAAACGCGGAGAAGGGGAGGGAGAUAUAGAGAUUUCUGGGCACGCGCACUUCACCUGCUAGCGUGUAGUGGCACGCGCCAUACUCACCGCCUCCUCCCUGCCACCCCCGUCGUCACUCCACGCUGCACCCCUCUAUCUCUCUUUGCCCACCUCAUCCAUUCUCUCCUGUUUCUCUCUCUCUCUCUCUCUCUCUCGCACGCGCGCCCUCCUGGCGCUAUCGCCGUGUUCGUCGCCGCUUUCCUCCCCCUCUCCCGCGGGAAUCCCCUCCCGUGUUCCUCUCUCACGCGUGCCGCGGCCACGAAGAGGCCGGGACGCGCGGGAGUCAAUCGCUCGCGGUCUUCGACAGGGCGAGCACCCAAGGUCCUUGCACUCCUCUUCCCUUCUCAGUGCGCUUCAGUUGGCGAACGUUUGCCAAGUCUCUGUCUCUCGGCCUAUUGAACUAAUAUCGGCGACGAUCUUGGCGAAUAGAACGUUUUUCCUUUUUUUUUUUUGUGUGAGAUUUUUCCUUCCUCGCAGCAAUCUCACACGUGUAUAUCAUCAUAGAGAGUUAGAGAAAGAGGAAAAGGGACAAGCGACAGCAAGAUAAGCAACCAUAAACAACGUUAUUCCAACUUUCUCGCCCGGCAUUUGUGCCGUAAUUCGCGAGUGCACAAGUGCUCCUUGACGGCUGAUACGGGAGUGCUUACGUUUCGUUCGUUUCGUUAAAGAGACAUAGCGAUUAUUCUGCUCUCUCGUUGGGCGUCGAGAGGCCGAGACGCCGCACGACGAGAGUCGUCAACCGAUGUUUGCGUAUGAAAGAAUCCGGUCGCCUACCUCCGUCUCAUCCUCCUUCUGCUGUGCGUCUGCUGCGAGGGGGGGGACGCGCGCGAUCUCUGUAUUGUAAACCGAGUGAGCAAAGGGGAAACGGAGAGAAGGACGACGACGACGAAGACGACAACGACAACGACAACGACGAGGAGAGUCGUACGAGCGAGGCGCGCGAGGAAAAUACGAACGGGACGACACACACGUUGGGACGACGAAAGGCGGGAAAGAAGAAGACGCGUGAGAAGAAGGCAGGAAACGGAAAAGAGCGGAGUCCACGAUAUAGAGGGGGAAGCGACGCGUGCUUAAACGCGUCGUUCCUUCCAACGUCAGACGAAAAUAGCCUCGCGAGACUAAGGUAGGCGCGAACACAGACGAACGAACGAAACAUUGAUGACGAAGGAGGGGAGGACGAACAAGAAUGCGAGGCCGAUAUAACAGUCCGUCGCGUUUUGUGCUGUGCGACAAGUGGUGAUUGGAAUCAACGACGAUUCUCUCAGCGAUUAGAGAGAGAGAGAGAGAGAGAGAGAGAAAGAGAAAAUUUACGCUGAACGCGGAUUGUCAGCACUUUUUGGUAUCGUGGUGACGGUGUGGCGGCUUUCCCCUCCGCCAGGAGAGUUGACGUUUGACGUGCGAGCGAUCAGCUGUUCGCCGGAGCGCGCGAGAAGCCCACGCGUGACGUCGUGCGAGAACCGAGAAUCCGCGCCGCGUAUUCCGCGUCGCCGUUCAGAAAACCACCUGUUGACGAUUUACGAGGGAAAAUCGAAGCGCGCGGUCGCGCAUCGUCGCGAUUUUCUUCGUUCUGUGUUCAUCCGUUCUCACGCUCGAUCGAGAUCACGUUGUCAAGAGACUGUUUUCUGGAACGAAAGCGUGUGCGAUACGAGACGAUAACGCAAACAUCGGUAGGAAACGGCGUGUUUUCUUGAUGUGUUAGAAGGACGAGAAUUGUGUGAAUUUGUCAAGACUGUUUUUCUAAAAAAAUAUUCUUCAAAAAACAAACUGUCGUUUUUUUUUGCAAAAAAUGUAAAUUUUUAUUAAAAGAAUCUUUGUGUGAUAAAUUGUUUUUUGAAAAAUUAUUAAAGUGCGAGACUGUAUGUCGCACGUUGUAGAGACGUUUCGCAUCACGUCAAUUGUUUUUUACAAUCGGUGUGUUAUCGUCGAUACGUAUCUGUCGCCGACUCUAUAUGAGAACUCGAGUGCAGAGGUCAGGAAAUAGCUAGCGAACGAUACGCGACGUAUACGCACACACAUAUGCGUGAGCAAGGUCGAAAGAAAUACUUCUUAGUGUUCUCUCGGUGAGAGGAUCGGUGACUUAAGUGAAGAAGCGAUACGCCGAGCGACAAAAAAAAAUUCUGCAAUACGCAUGCAUGGAAAUAACGUCGACGUGUUAAUGCAUAUCGACGGCAAUAGCUAGUCAAAUUGUUAGAUGGGCAUUAUAUAUACAUUUGACGGACGAUCGAUAUAAAAUCAACGCUACGUUCCGAGAGUCUGAACGAGGUACGAAAGACUCAAGUGACAUUCAACAGCAACGAGUGCACGGACAUUAAUUAAAUAAAGACUCUCCAAUGCAGUUUAUCGCGCUUUUUCCACGGUUCCAGAGUGGCAUUUAGCUCUCAUUCGAUGUCAUGGAGAUAACGAUAUAAUCAAAUCAAACGCGCGAGCGAGCUAGACCCGGACAAGUGUAUUGUUCGUUUGUGUGGACAUACGUUUUUGACGCAAACAACGUUGACUUCUUAACAGCCAUUCGUCACAGUUGGCGAUUAUUCAAGAACAUUUAACAGAUAUAUCGGACGUUGUGACAACGCAAAAAAAAACGGUGACGCGUAUCGUUGUAAGCGAGUGAAAGAAAGAUGACAUUCAAGUUUCGUUGAUAUCUACGAUCACCACGAAAAAGUGUCUCGACAAGCGUUUUUUAAAGCAGAUAACAUUCUGCUGCGUUGAAACUACGACACAGAGAACGCAAGACUUGGAGGGGCAUGGUAGGCCCCCCUCAGCCAGGGCCUCAGGCCCGGGUGGCCUCUCUAUGAAAAGAAAUCUUCCUUCUACCACGUCGUUCAUGCCACAAUAAAUUACCUGGAAUGAUGCAGAAAUACCUCAAGAGGACGGCCGAGGAUUUGGAGCCUGCCGGUGCUGGUAGCGGCGAUGCUGGCUUCGGCGAGCCGCCAGUUAAGCUGCAAUGCACGCAGGGUCAGCAUCAGCAUCAGCAGGCCCAGGGCGGCGGUGGUGGCGGUGGGCCUCAUCAUGGUCAUGGCCAACAUCAGCCGGGGAACAACGCGAACUCGACGGGUCCUACGCCCGGCGGCGGGGGCGGUACUGGUGGCGGUGACGGGAACGAGGGUCUCACCAAGUUCCAAGUGCAGAUCGUUCAGCAGUUGGAGUUCACGACCUCGGCGGCGAAUAAUUCGCAAGCACAGGCGAUCUCGACGAACGUAACGGUGAAAGCAUUGACGAAUGCGUCGGUCAAGAGCGAUCUUCUGAAUGCGUCUUCCUCGCCGAAGCCCGGUCCAGAUACGUCCGCGUCCGCUACAUCCAGACCGCAGGCCGGAAACGGCAAUGGUCCCGGGCCCGGCGCGGGUGGUGGGCCUGUACCCGGUGGCGCCGGCGGCAGCGGCGGCAUCGGUUGCGUCGACAUCGGUAACCUGGUCGAAUGCAAGCAGGAGCCCGACAACGAAUUCGUGGAUCUGGAACAAUGCGCCGCCGCGCUAGAGAAAGAUGCCGCAGCGAAUGGCACCGGCUUUCCUGGCUUCUCCGAGUUUAUGGGCGACGAUACCGGCGACGAGAUUAUCACGUCGGACGCUUUCAAGGAUCUUAUCUCCGAGAUAUCGGAUUUCCAUCCGGAAUUUAUGAAGGACUUUGAUUUCGAGGACAAGAGCGUCGACACGCUGGCGAACAAUGCCGUGGCGGCGGCUGCUGUCGCCGCAGCGGCCGCUGCUGCUGCCAAUAACAAUAAUAAUAGCAACAAUAACAACGGGCUCUCGACGAAUAAUGGACAAAUCAAGAUCGAGGAUGACAAAGACGCGAUGCAUCCGCAGCAGCAGCAGCAUCCGAACAGCGCGAACAACGGUGUUAAUAACAACAACGUCGGUAAUAACAACGGCAACACGAUGCCAGCCAACUCGAGCCCGGGCGGUCUCGGUUCCUCGCAAUACUCGCCCGCACGACUUCCUUAUUCCGGUCUGGAUUUCAAAUCGGAGAUGAGCCCCGCGGCCCAGACGCUCAAGCAAAUGGCCGAGCAGCAUCAGCACAAGAGUCAACAACUGGGUCUAGGCGGAUUCAAUCCAACGGCGGCCGCAGCGGCGCGGGGUCCAACUGCGAGGUCCCCGUACGCCGAGUUUCCUCAGUUUGGUGGCGCGUCCGAUUAUCUCGGCAGUCCGGGAAGCACGGGCCCAACUGGCGGACAGAAUCAGGCCACAGGCACCGGAACCGGCUCGUAUCACAAAAACAAUGGUACGCCGACUUUUGGGAACCAGCAAACGAACGAUAUGUUUGUCAGUUCGCAGACGCAAUUUGCCGCGGCGGGUCUGACAGACAUGAAGAGGCCUCAGCCGGCUCAGACUGGCGGCAAGCCUAGCAUGCUCGGACCCAGCGGUUACAAGCAACAAUACUCGCCGUACGGUAGCCCGGGCUCGAUGCCGAAUCACGGCAGUCCGGGAUACCCAUUGCCACCUAGAGGAUCCCAAGGUGGCGGACCGAACCAGACCGGCUCGCAAGGACCCUUUACCACAAACUCCACACCGCCGAGACCUCCUUCCGGACCCGGUACUUCCACCCUGCAGAUCAAUCAAGCUCAGCAACUGCACAUCAGUAAUCAGAUACAAGUGUCGGCCGGCCAACAUAUGCAGCUUACGGGCGACCUGAAGCCGGUCGUGUCUGUCGCGGCGCAGCAGGGUAUGUACUUCAAUCAACAACAGACGCAGAAUCAGGGCGGGCCUUCGGCCAACCAGACCGACACCUACUGUUCGGUCUCGCAGUCGCAGACCAUCAACUUCACCCAGCAGAGUCUGAGGCAGAGAGCGGCCGCGGCUGCGGCCGCUGGUGGGGUCCCGCAACCUGGGGCUGGUGGUCCGGGAACGCGAGGUCAUCCGCAGCAGGUAUCACCAGCCCAGGUCGAUCAGCAUCAGCACGCGAAGCUUCUUCAGCAACAGCAGCAACUGAUGCGCGCGCAACAGGUGAUACAACAGCAGCAACAGCAGCACAUGGCAGGCGGAAUGGGAGCUGUCGUAAGGCCGCCACCGCCCGAAUACAAGGCUGCGGCCCAAGCACAGAUGAUGCAUGCUAGUAUCGGAAUGGGUCAGCAAGCGAGGUUCGCGAAUGCCGGACCCAUGCGUAGAGUUACGCAACAACCUAUGCCACCGUCAGGUCCGAUGAUGAGGCCACAAAUGGCGCAACAACAGCAACAGCAGGCGUUACACGCGGCCGGUGGUAAUAUGUACAUGAGUGGUGGCGGGAUGGCCGCUAUCGGCGGUAUGCAUCAAAUGCACCAACGGCUAGGCUAUCCGAGAACUAACAAUCAACGGCCGCCCAACGUUAGCGUCGGCCCUCCAGACGGCCUUGGGAACAGCAUCGCGGGUCGUGGCCCUCAACAGGAAUGGGGACGACACGUUCUAAUGCAGCAACAGCAACAGGGCUUUCAAGCGCAAAUGCGAUCGCAAUUCAAUCAGCAAGGUCACCAAGGUGGCUUUGGCAUGGGUGGCGCAGGCAGCUCAAUGCAAAUGACCGCGGCGCAGAUGCAGCAUCAGCAGUUAAUCCGUUCACAAAACGGUAAUAUAGCCGGCUCGGGAAUGGCUAACAGCACGCAGAUGCAACAAUUGUUGUCGCAACAACAUCAACAACAAACGCUGGCCAUGCAGCAAAACAACAACCAAAUGUCAUUGCAGAUGCAGAUGUCACAGACAGCUUCCGUUAAUUCGGUAAACGUUACUGGAACUGGUUCUCCGUUGCAUCCGCAUCAGCAAUACGGCGCGGGUAGCCCGGGAGUGCGGAGUUUGCCGCCACCGCAGCAACACCCUCAACCGCCACCGCCUACCGCUACUACGGAUCCGUCCGUGGCGGCCGCUGACUUUAGCCUCGAAUUCCUGGAAAAUCUUCCUACAGGAGACACGUCAAAUUUCAGCGCUCAAGAAUUGCUUAAUUCUCUCGAUUCUACGGCCGGUUUUAAUCUCGAUAUUCUGUAAUGAGAUCAUUACGUCUGCUGUGUGGUCGGUAUGUCAGCCAAUAUGUCGAUUUAUUACAAUGGGACGCAAUCAUACAUCAAGUAUAAAAUAUAUAUUUGGUGCGACGAUAUCUACAAAUUUUACUUUGUCUGUCCGCGUAUUGAUUUGUCUCCCACCAUACUUGCCCUUACUAUAUUACAAAGUCGAUUUUUUGUGUGCAUAUUAAAAGUCAAAGACUUUUAUUUAUUAUAUUUUUCUUAAACAUACAAAAAUUUAAUUCUGAAUUAAAAAGAAACAAUCUAAGGCGUAUUUAAUUCAAUCAAACAUGUGAGUUUUGUGAAGUAUGAUGUAUAAAUAAUAUCUUUGUAAUAGAAAAAUUUGCUGACUUCCGACCUCGCGAUGAAGGAAUGGGCACAAGUUGGUGACACACGUGAUAUCGUUUAUUGCAAACUCGUUUGUUACUUGAUGACUGAAUGACAGUUACCACCUACCGGUGCGACAACGUUCCACAACCGGUCGUGGUGCAUUCUCGGUCGCCGUUUUUUCGUGGUCACCGACUUAUUCUUCUAGGCAAUCACAUUUUAGUAAAAUUUAAUUUUGUAAUAAUAACCGCCGAGGGAGGCGAGGAAGUUAAUUCAACGGAGAUAUAAUGCGUGGGAUAUCAAGAGAUACGUGGAAAUCGUUCUAUAUCUCUCGUUUUCUUAUUUAGCAACAAUUGCGUGCUUGGAGAAAAACGCAAGAACCCGCGAUUCCUAUUUUUUCAAGUUCGCCUAUGGCUAUACCGAGAACGAUCGAUAAAUUUUCUCGAGUGCUCGCGUCGACGACACUUGCGGUGACUUCGACGGGCAUUCCACAAGACGAUUCUUCUCUCCCUUGAUCUUUCACGUCGAAAUCCGCGCAAUUAAAUAGAGAUAUUGAUACGAUUAGAGUUUACUUGGUUGAACGUAUUCGACCGCAAAAUUGGUUACCUUGCGCCAGCCUGUCGAUACAAUAAAAAAUAAAAAAAAAAUUUCUUGCUGAAUCGCAUUGCUAACAUUAAUGCAAUAUCUUCAAAAAAAGAAAUCUUUAUUGUACAUAAAUAGUAAAAACUAAAGAAAUUUGAAACGUUAUAUAAAAUCGUACAGCUUAGCCGAGUAUUUAAAAAUAAGAAACUUAUAAUAGAUCAUUAUUAUGAUGAAAUGACAGAGAAUAUCAAUAACGAUGAUGAUAAUAUGGCGAUGCAAAUGGAAAUACAAAUGGAAGAAAGAUUAGUUGCAGAUUUCUUUUCUUUCUUGUAACAUUGUGACAUUAUUAAUAUUGUGACAUUAUUAAUAAUUCUGCAAAUGAUUUGAAGCACGAAUUUCAAUUGAUUGUUUUUGAUGCGAUAACUAUUCGUAUUUUCUCAAAAACAAUAAUUUUUCGGAACUUUGCGUGGAACGAAUUAUAUAUUGAAGCGUACCGUUGUGUAUAUUUACUUUCUACUUCACCACGAUUAUUUGCAAUUUGGAUAUAAUGUGAUAUAACACAUUUGGGAUUAAAAUAUAAUAAAUAUAUUUAUCGAUUGGCAAAUGUGCUCUAUAUGUAUUAAUACAUUCAUUUUUGUCGUUUUCUACUAUGUUUCUUCAAAUUUCUCGUUAAUGGUAUAUUCGUUACAACAUCAUGUAACUAUCAUCGUAUAAUCACUAUUAUUUUAUAUAUAAGUACAUAUACUAUAUAAAUAUUAUAAGUUUCUUAUUUACUUGACUAAACUAUGCGAUCUUAAAGUUUUGAAUAUUUUUUAUUUUUCAAAAUCUGUGUACAAGAUUUUCCUUUAAAAAAUAUUGCAUUAAUAUAUACGUUUUAACGGGAAAUUUUUUUAUUUUCUUUUAUUCAUCAAAAUCUUAUGCUUUAUUUCAAAUUUUAAAUUGCUGCAAAUUAUAUGCAGAAUUGUUAAUAACGUUAUAAUAUAAUUCAAUGCUAUUAGAAAGAAAAGGAAUCUGCGACUAAUCUUCCAAAUAGCGAUACAUUCCAUAAAUAAAAAAAGGAUAGCGAUCUGUGGUUUGUCUAAUCAAAAGUAUCAUUUUUAAAGGCAAAAAGCUCCAGAUAGAAAGAACUAUUAAUAUUGUAUUAUAAGAGAAGCAAAGAUAUAUUGAAUCCCAUGCUUGAAUGUAUGUAUGCAUAUAUGUGUAUAUACACAUCACACACAUACAUGCAUACAUGUAUAUACAUACAUACGUAUCGCAAAAAGCACAUCCUCGAUUGUUCGCCGAAAGCGUGCACGAAGACUUACUGUCUUUCUUUCCUUUGCUUGUGCAAAACGUACAAAAUGAUAAACAAGGAUCAAUAUAAUACUGAUGAUUUUAGUCAAUCUUUCUAUUUUUAAAAUAUUGAAAGUUAGAAGAACACCUCUGUUCUUUCUCAUCCUUUCGUUUUCUCUCUUAUCGUCCUUUUUUUUAUACUAUUUUGUUAUGAUCUUAAUAUUUUUGUAGGAAUUCAAUGCUUUUAUUAUUAAAAACGAUUUAACAUGGAAUUUAUUCUAUAUGUCCGUAUUUAUUCAAAAUGGCUACUUUUUAUAUGAUGUUUCUUUUAUAGAUAUUUAUAAAUAAUACAAAUAUAUGCCCCAAUCAUGAUUACCAUCAAGAAAUUAAUACGCCGCCUUAAUUUUCUUUGCCUCGAUUACUAUUAUUAUUAUUAUUAUUAUUAUUAUUAUUAUUAUUAUUAUUAUUAUUAUUAUUAUUAUUAUUAUAUUAUAUUAUAUUAUUUGGUGCGGGGUUUAAUUUUUAACAACUACGAAUAAAAUCUAAUCGGAAGUUUUCAUAUACAUUUUCAACAAACAUACACAAUCAAGUAUGUGCGUUUUGUGUGUCCAUAAUUUUUUUUUAUGUGUGGAUACAACAUAUACAUAUAUGUAAAAAAAUUGUUGAUUGUCUGUCGAAAGUGUACGCGAAGACUUUUGAUUGGAUUUUAUUGUCACGACUCAUCGCUAAAAAUUAAUGACAAGUCUCGCGCCAAGUGGAUCAAGAUAUAAUAAUAAUAAUUCUUUUAAUUUUCUCAUUUAGGCAGGAGAUUCUAUUGUUUUAUAAAAUAUUGGGGCCACAUCAAUAUAAUCUUAAAAAAAUAAUAAAAAACAAAGGAUUGGGAAGGAAAAAAUAAUGCUCUAAUUCUAAUUAUCUUUAAAAUAGGAAGAUUGACAAAAAUCACCACUAAUAUAUUAAUGGUUGUUUAUCAUGUUGUACUUUUCGCACAAACGAAGAAGGGGGGAAAAAGGCAGAAAGGCGAAAUUGCGCAUUGUUAUAGAAAAAAGAGCAUCAGGGACCAACCAAGAGAAAAAAAUGCUUGAUGUCGAUUGUCACAGUGGAUCGUUGUCUCUCUCUCUUUUCUGACAUAAAUUAAUAGCAGUGCCUAAAAAAUUGAUUUGUUAUCGAGUUAGAUUAACAUACGGUGUAAGGAUUUUCUCAAAGACUGUACGGGAUUUAUAUGCACAUACGCAUAAAUAGGAGUCGUGCAUCAUUGAGAAAUUUUGAUAUUAAUGCGCCAUAUUAAUUUCUGGAGAAUAAUUAUGAUUGGAACACGUAUAUAUUCGUAUUAUUUAUAAAUAUUUAUAAAAGAAACAUAUAAUAAAUAUUCAUAUAUGGCAUUUCGUAUAUAGAAUAAAUUUCAUGUUAAAUUGUUAUUAAAAGCGCGCUUUGAUUUCCUACAAAAAUAUCUCUUUACUUAGAUAUAAACAUUUCUAAUGAAAAAUCAUCUUAUUAAUAAUACUAAUGUAUUGUGUAGUCCAACGAAAAUUCUUGGUUAUUAAAUUGGUUAAAAAGAAAUAUAAUCCGCGCGUUUAAAUAUAUAUAAUAUAUUAUUGUAUAUAUUUUCUUUUUUUUUUCAUAACUUGAAUAUCUUCCAACGACGACCGGCUACCUUUUGCGUUUCGAUCUGUGUUAUGAUCCCAUACUAGGUCGAGUAGCAGCCUAACGUUGCUGCUCGUGGGUGGGCCUCGCGGCAGGAGGAUCAAUAUCACCGUGAGGGAGAGGAAACGAGCCGACUGAGAAUGGGAGCAAGGGGAUAGGAACCGCCGCCACGAUGAGGGAUAAGGAUUACAAGGGCGGCGGCGGCGGCGGCGACGAUGUCAGUGGGAGGGAGAAGGGGGAAAAGGAAAUAGUGAAGGGUAUGCGAGAAUCGCGCACCCUGAAAAUGUCAAUUCGUCGUUCCGCGGCUCUUCAUGAAAUUACGAUCGUGAUAAGGGUUGGUCCGCGUGACGACCUCGUUCGAUUUACAACGCUCGCACCCCGCUGUUAUUCUCAUCCCCACGGCUCCGAGACGCGCGAAAACGUCUUGAAACGUAUUUCAUUGUCAUCCUGAAACGAGUUUCAUUAUUUUUCACGUCCAUGAGAUCACGUCUAUGUCUCACCUCAUUCUGCGUUUAAUUAUAUUACGUGCUUCGGAAAUAUCAUUUUGGAUUCCCGUUUAUAAUAUUUUAAUGAUUUGGCAAAAUGCGUCAAAAAAUCAUUUCCAGCGGAUAUUUCUGAAAAUCAUUAGCAUCGUCAUUUAGAGUUGCCUGGUACAGCCGUAUUUCUGAGCCGGUCAUAUUCGCGACUCGUCGUUUCGCACGGUGCGCUUUCAUCGAUCCAAUGCGCAAGCAGAACAACGAUCCACUGGCCGACAUCGCACGUUUCCUCGUAACAAUUCUCCGACAAUGAUGAUGACCGAGUCGCUCGUGAAAAUAUAUUGUGAAACGCUAUAUCAAUUAGUGCGUUGACUUUUCGCGAUAUAACGCUGCGCGAGGCGAUAUAUACGAGGGAUGCUCGCAAUAUCGUGAAAUCUUCAUUCUCGAUAACGAGCAUUUAGACGAACGUGGUGAUAUAUCAAAAUUAUGCUGUAUUUGCAUUCUGAGAACGAAAAGUUUAUAAUAACUUUGGACGUAGUCGUCUUUUUUCUGAACAUCGGGAGCAAUGUUUUCACACGUUUUUCCAUAAUCUUUCCUUCCCUCGCGGUCUUCUUUUUUUGCAAAAAAAAAAAAAAAAAAGAAAUGUUGAAGACAGAAUCUUGAACGAGAGAAAAUUGUACGCUCUAAGAUAGUUGGUCUCGAAAAAUUUAGAUAUCAAUUAACCACCACACGGGGGAUAUUUAGUGGGAUCAGUAUUUCUACGCGAAAAGGUUUUGAUAUAUACAUAUACAUUAUAAAAAAGAAGAAAAAAAAUUAAGUAAGUUUAUAGGGGGGAGGGGGUGAUUAUAUCGACGAAGAGAGCACGACGAUGACAUACGAUGCAUCGAUUUCGUUUUCUUUGUCGUUGUAAAUAUCGUAGAUGCAAAAUAAGAAAGAAAAAAGAUUAGAUAGACACGUAUGUAAUAAUAUGAGAGAGAACGAUGCGAAUGGAUCGAGCGGGCAGUUUUCCUGACGACAUUUUCAUUGCGAUGAUCGACGAUCGCGCUGACGGUUCUCUUCGAACGUGUACGAGGCGAAUAUGACAGAGACGUUUCUCUCCGCGAAUUCUUCCUGAUUCAGCGAAUCGCUCUCAAAGCGUCGAAACGGAUCGCACCUGAGGUGCCGCCCUGAGAAUUGAGACGUCUUUUGACUCGUCAUUGCGUAGAAGAGAGCCGACAUGUGCUUCAAAUUCUAAAAUUAUCUUCGUAUAUGUAUAUCUGAGGAAACUGCGAAAAAUUGCGUUGAUUUCGCGCGGAAGGUACAAUCGAGAGUUACUCCAUUCGCCGAAUCGCUUUCGCGAUGCGAGGGCGAUGUAUUGUGUGUGUGUGUGUGUGUGUGUGUGUGUGUGUGUGUGUGUGUGUGUGUGUGUGUGUGUGUGUGUGUGUGUGUGUGUGUGUGUGUGUGUGUAUGUAUGUAUGUAUGCGUGCGUGCGUGCGUGCGUGCGUGUAUAUGGGUAUGUGUGUUUUAUGUGAUGAUUGUUUUAUAUUUAUUGUUAAUGCUUAACUUAUAUAUUCAUUGUUAAUAAUGAAUAUAAAACGCAUCUUCCUCGAAAAGAAUAGGUAGCAUUGAUCGAUUUAAUCCUCCCAAAUUUAUUAGAUCACUAUUUGAUUCUUGUCGAUAUGGCAAGUAGAUAAAUGAAUCUUUUUAUAAUUUUGUCAAGGGAGGAUUAAUAAAACGACGUAAUAUAUGCGUUUGCGAUCGAGAGGCAUCGUUGAUCAUCGGGCGAUUUGUCAGAUACGCAUACAACGCACGCGAUUGAGCGAGGCAGCAAUAAAAGAAAGAGAACGAAAAUAAAAGAGAACGAGUGAAAGAAAAGGGUGCAAGAGAGAAAGAGAAAGAGAGAGAGAGAGAGAGAGAGAAAGAGAGAAAGCGAAUCUGUAAAUAAUAGUGUUGCAUUAUUAUUUAUGUUGCUACCGUGGCGAGUAAUAGUAAAUUAUCGUAACGAUACGUAAUUUAAAAAAAAGAAAAAGCAGAAAGUGAGGAUUAACACGCACGGAAAAUAUGUACAUAAGUUAUAGGUAUAUCUCUCCUAAUAAAGGAUACUUUUAUGGAUAGUUAUUUUUAUUACUAUUAUAUUAAGUAAUAUGAUUAUAUAUUAUUAUAUUAUAUUAUUAUAUUAUAAUACAAUGAUUAUAUAUUAUUACCAUUAUACAUUAUUAGUUAUUACUAUUGUCAUUAUUAAUAUUAUGAUUAGCAUUGUUAUUCUUCGGCCAAUGAUCUCAAAAGAAAAUAGUAAUUGCGUUCGUACGAGAAUGCGCCGAUUUUUGAAAUUCAUUCGACAACACGCGCAUGAAAUGGAUCCUUUGUUGAUGAAACGAGUUUUUACGUUUUAAAACGAGUUUUAUUUCUGGCCUACGUACUCUCUAAACAUGUUUAUGAUGCAUACAUCCUAGAUGUGUGUCAUUGUUUCUUUUCUUCUAAUUAUUAAAUCUACGCUUCUUAUGCAACGCAUUCCAAGAAUGAAAUUUCUUCAGGACAAUUUUCUUUUAUUGCAUAAGAAACGAAUGUAAUUUAAUUUACUUUUACGGUUAUACUAUAUAAUAUCUAAUUAAAUAAUUUUUGAAAAAAUUAGAAACUUGUUUUUAAAGGAAGUUUACAAGCAAUAUUACAAAAUAAUAUUUGUUUUGAUAUAUAUCUGUAACCCAUAUCGGUUAUAAAUAUUAAGUAAAAUUUAUUGAUCUAUUUGUGCUAGUAGCUAAAUUUAAAAUGUUUAUAAUAUAUUUAUGAAUUGUUUUGUGACUUCCAGUCCAACAUUUUUACGAUUAAACAAAUCAAACUGCAUAUUAUGCAAUCGACAUAUCGGAUCAUUUUGGUUCCAGUUAUAUAUAACAGCGAUGGAGUAAUUGGCAAUUAUUCAUAAACAUGUUUUAUCGAAUGAGAGUCAAGACAUUUUUUCAUGUCUUUGUAUAUUUUUAUGCAAUGUUGUAGAAUGAUAUUGUUUCAAAUAUAUUAUACAGAUAAUAAUAAACAAAUUUAUAUGCAA